AUGGCGUGGCGGUCGGGGACCGUUGUCGGGGCUGCUCUUCGCCGAAGAAGUGUUGGCAUUAGUCCCACCUCUGAUUUUAAGCUCGAGUUUGGCCAUCAUCAAGGCAGGACAAGUUCUGUCUGGCAUGGAGGUACAGCCACCAUUGUUCAGAGCCCUGGAGACGAAGUAUGGGGAAUAGUGUGGAAAAUGAACGCUAGCAAUUUAAGUUCACUGGAUAAGCAAGAGGGAGUUGAAGAUGGCAUUUAUGUCCCAAUAGAAGUUAAUGUCCACACUCAAGCAGGAAAGGUACUUACCUGUCGAAGCUACCAGAUGAAGGACUAUGUCUGUGGUCCCCCUUCUCCUCAGUAUAAAAAGGUUAUCUGCAUGGGUGCAGAACAGAAUGGCUUGCCAACUGAAUAUCAGAAGAAAUUAGAAGCUAUUGAAGCGAAUAAUUAUGCAGGACCAGUGCCAAUCAUGGAAGAGAUUGAAGCUGCUAUCAAAGCAAAGAAAAUAAAUUCUUCAUAGAAUACCUCUGCACUUGCUUGGCCGUUCACCCUGAUUUACAUACCUCUCCUCACUGUGCUGAUCAGCAGUUUCUUUAUUUAUCAAGAAAAGAUGAGUUUGCUGUGCAUCUACAGUAAGCCAUUAGACAUAAUUUGCAGUCUGAAGACACAUUGACAAUGGUAACUUCUUCACAUUGUAUGUAUAGCUUGAGUACAUGCUGAAGUUUUUGCAGAUUUAUAAAUUAUCUUUCUGUAAUUGUCGUGCAGUGCUGCAUGCAAAUUUGUGCUUCGUUUACUGACCUUUUUAAAAGAAAAAGGCC